UAUUUAAAAAAUAUUUACUUUAUUAUUUGUAAUUUUAUUCUUUUAAAAUUACUAAUUUUGUUAAUAUAUUUGUAAUAUAAUUUCUAUUUAAUAUGUAUAUUUUGUACAUAAAUUCUCAUGUUGUAUUCAAUAUUACCUGUUCUGAAUGACUUUGGACUCGUCAAUGCUUAACUAGCAUACCAUAGGCAUAAAAAUGGCACAAACGAGGCGCGUGCCAGUCUUUGGUUCACGGCCACCUUGUGCAUACCAAUCCAGACUGGAUGAACGUAGUUUACAAAUUCGUAUGACUAGAAUGGAACGGAACAGAAAAUCUGAUAAACCAGAAGAUUUUGUUUGCUAUGAAGACUCAGACGAAGAAGAAGAGAGUACUAUGUCAUUGUGUACUAUGCUAAACUCUUCAUAUAAUUUUGUUGAUUAUAUAAGAAAUCGAGAAUAUGGAAUGCGAGAGUAUCGUUCAGUAAAUCAAAAUCACGGUACAAGGCAUAUUCUCACACAUGACUUAUUCAAAGAACGGUCUAUACCAUUAAAAACAAUGAAUAAAGUUUUUUGUUCGCAAUGGCUUAGCAGUAAGCAAAUUGUCUUUGGUACAAAAUGUAAUAAAUUAAUGGUUUAUAAUGUAAAAUCACAUGAACUGGAUCAAAUACCAUCGAUAAAGGGACGUAUAGAUGAAGCAGCUGAUCAACAAAGUGGUAUUCAUUCAUUAAAAAUUAACCCAUCCAGAACAUUAUUAGCAACAGGAGCAUAUAAUUCUAAUGAAAUUGCUGUGUAUAGAUUGCCGACGUUAGAUCCAAUUGUUUUAGCCGAGGGUGCUCACAAAGAUUGGAUAUUCGACAUUGAAUGGUUGGAUGAUGAAUUUUUUGUUAGUGGAUCACGAGAUACCAAACUUGCGUUAUGGCAAGUUCAAGAUAAAUAUCAAGAAAAGUAUGAUUCUGAUGGUGAUCUUAUACAACCAAUUACUCAAUUUCUCAACCCUGCAGUUAUAAGAAGUUGUAAAACAGCACAAAAAGUCCGAGCAAUCACAUUUAAUAAGAAUUUAAAAGAAAUGGUUACAUUGUCACUAAAUGGAUAUGUUCAUGUUUGGGAUGUUGAGCGUUUUAGACAAAGGUUUUCAAGAAGAUUAUCAUCUUGUCAGGACAAUGUCUGCAUGGCAAUGAAAAAUGAUAGUAGUUUAUAUGCUGUUGGAUGUCGUUCAUAUACACUAUUACUUGAUGCUAGAACUUUACAUACCAUAAAGAAAAUCCCUGCUAGAUAUAGUGGAUGUGGAAUUAGGUCUUUAAGUUUCCAAGAUAAUGUAAUCACAAUCGGAACAGGUGUUGGUGUUAUAAUGUUCUAUGAUAUUCGGGCAGGAAAGUACUUAGAAUCCAGUAUUAAUUCCAGUAGAGCAGUUGUUUUAAAAACAAGUAGAGGUUAUGUUUAUCCUGAUGAAGAUUUCAUGGUGGAUCAAGGGUUCCAACAAGUCAAAUAUACACCAGCAAUUUAUACACAUUGCUAUGAUUAUUCAGGAACAAGAUUAUUUUCUGCAGGUGGACCGUUACCAGCUAAUUUAUGUGGCAAUUAUGCAGGCUUAUGGCAAUAAUAUUACUACAAUUUAUUGUUUAAAUAUUAUUUGUAGUAUUUUCAUACUACAUAAACACAUUUUACCGACAAUGGAUAAAAUAUUUCAGUAUUUUGUGAGUGGCAUUCCUUGAGUCAUUAAAAACUAUGUGCAAAAUAUUGAACUAUUUAAUUGUACAAGCAAAUUAA